AUGGCACAGCAGGUCCACCAGCUCUCGCUCGGCCCCUUGACGGCCCACGCCUUCAACGCCGACCGGUCCAAGGUGGCCGUCUCGCCCAACUCGAACGAGGUCUUCAUCUACGCCGCAUCGCCCUCGGGCUGGACGCUGGAGCACACCCUGUCGGAGCACGACAAGCUCGUCACCGGCAUCGACUGGGCGCCCCAGUCCAACCGCCUCGUCACCUGCUCCCAGGACCGCAACGCCUACGUCUGGCAGCUCACCCCCGACGCCCAGACCGGCGCUCAGGUCUGGAAGCCCACGCUGGUCCUCCUCCGUCUCAACCGCGCCGCCACAUUCGUGCGGUGGAGCCCCAACGAAGACAAGUUCGCCGUCGCCAGCGGCGCCCGCAUCGUGUCGAUCUGCUCCUUUGAGGAGGACAACGACUGGUGGGUCGCCAAGCACAUCAAGCGCCCCCUGCGCUCCACGAUCCUCUCGCUCGACUGGCACCCCAACAAUGUCCUCCUCGCCGCCGGCUGCGCCGACAUGAAGGCCCGCGUCUUCAGCGCCUUCAUCAAGGGCAUCGACGCCAAGCCCCCGCCCAGCGUGUGGGGAGAGAGGCUGCCCUUUGGCACCGUCUGCGGCGAGUACGGCACGCCCGCUGGCGGAUGGGUCCACGGCGUCUCGUUCAGCCCUAGCGGCGAUGCGCUCGCCUUUGUCGGCCACGACUCCUCGCUCACCGUCGUAUACCCUUCGGGUCCCGAGACGGCGCCGCACGCCGUCCACGUCGUCCGCUCGCCCACGCUGCCCUAUGUCACCCUGACGUUCAUCUCCGAGACGCAGCUCAUCGCCGCCGGCCACGACUGCCAGCCGGUGCUGUUCGAGGGCGACGUCUCGUCGGGCUGGACGCUGGUCAAGUCGCUCGACACUGCCGGUGCCGCCGCUGCCAAGGGCGCUCCCCCGCCGCCGCCGCCCAAGGCGCCCGGUCUCGGUGCGGGUGCCGGUGUGGGCCGCCUGAACAACGAGGCCUUCAACCGCUUCAAGUCGGCCGACAGCCGCGGCUCUUCCUCCUCCCCCUCUGCCGCUGCCGGUGGCGCCGGUGCCGGUGCCGGUGCCGGUGCGGGCGGUGGAGGCAGCAUCGCCGGUCACCUUGGCGCCGUUGCCGGUGCCAGCGUCGGAGCCGACGGCGAGCUGCACACCACGCAUCAGAACACGAUUACGAGCGUGCGACCCUACAGCGGUGGCCGCGACGCCGUCGAGAGCAUCAGCACCAGCGGCGUCGAUGGGCGCCUGUGCAUCUUUGCCGUCAGCGGCGGCGCCAGUGUCGCCGGUAUCCAGAAGGGCGUUGCCAGCAUCCGCGUCUAG